AUGAAGUUCAAUAAAGUGACCAAGAUACUCUUAGGUGUCACAAUCAUUACCCUACUGGUAACAUCAAUAGCAGCAGCAGGUGGCGGAGGAGGUGGCGGAGGUGGAGGUGGAGGUGGGGGUGGGGGUGGGGGUGGUAGAGGUGGUGGGGGUGGAGCGAGUGGAGGUGGUGGUGGGGGUGGUAGAGGUGGGGGUGGAGGGAAUGGAGUUGGAGGUGGAGGUGGUGGUGGGGGUGGUAGAGGUGGGGGUGGAGGGAAUGGAGUUGGAGGUGGUAAAGGUGGGGGUGGGGGGAUGGGCAAUGGAAGUGGUGGUAAGGGUGGAAGUGGUGGUACAGGUGGAGGUAAAGGUGACAGUCCUGCAAGAGAUGAGGGUACCCCAGCGAUAGGAAGUAGCCCUGGAACACGCAGCGUUGGAGGCGGCGAUACCAAUACCGUUCCUGGGCCAGUACUGAGGGGUUCUGAUCAUGUUAGAAGGAAUUCAGGUUCUGUGUCUGUUGCAAGGGACGCUUCUUCCAUGUUGCUGCAAAUUCCUAUAACGUUUUGCAUUUUCUUUGUGUUAAUGUAUUAG